CCAUUCUCCUGCCACUUCGGAUUUGCUCUUUCCGGCUUGCUCUCUCGCAAAGAUGCCAUCUGUAACGUUAAAGGACGUCGAUCAGCAAAAAUUCGUGAAGGCCUUUGCAGCCUUUCUUAAAAAAACUGGCAAGAUGCGUGUGCCAGAAUGGGUAGAUAUUGUGAAGACAGCAAAAUUCAAAGAACUGGCUCCUUAUGAUCCUGAUUGGUAUUAUAUCAGAUGUGCUGCUCUGGUGCGUCACAUCUAUAUUCGUAGUCCAAUUGGAGUUGGUGCUGUCACCAAGAUCUUUGGUGGACGUAAACGUAAUGGCACUCAUCCUAGCCACUUCUGCCGAUCGGCAGGUGGUGUUGCACGAAAGGCACUCCAAAGCUUGGAACAGCUGAAGCUAAUCGAAAAGGCACCUGUCGGUGGACGCAAAUUGACCAGCCAAGGACGCAGAGAUUUGGAUCGAAUUGCCGCGCAAGUUAAAGCUAAAAGCAAAAAACAGCUUAAACUUCAAGAAGUUGUAAUGUAAUUUUAUGUUUCUAUAAUAAAAUACAUUUAAAUACUUAAA